AUGCACAAUCAUCAUUCGGCUGCGUUUGAUGGAAAGAAGUCUCCUCAGGAGUUGGUUUUGCAGAGACCACUGGCGGAGUGUGCAUCCACGUUGAUCGGGAUGACGGUACUUGCGGAAUUACCGGAUAGUAUGAAGAAGACUUCUUUGUCGAGAUUCGUGGAAGCAGCUUACUUGUAUCCAGAAGUUGGUGGCUUGACCCAUGUGGUGAGUUCUAUGGUGAAUGGGACGCCACAUCACUAUCGGGCGAAGUCGAUAAAGCAUAUCACUCCUCUGAAGGUUGGAAUGGAGCAUUGUGGACAUUUGCUCAAGGCCUAUGAUCCUAGCGAUACAUUGGCACCUCCCAUCUUGAAAGAGUUGGAUGAUGGGAUACCUUCUGAAGUUGAGGGUGAAGUCGACAAAGCAUUUGAAGGAAAGGUGUCACAAGGACCUACCACAGACAUGAGUCAGGUAGGACCACCUGCGGCAUGGGUACGAGAGCAUGGAGGAACACCUGGAUGUCCAGCGUGUGGUGAGAAGCGUGGAAAAGCCAAUCACAAUGCUGCCUGCAAACGGAGGUAUGAUAAGUGGUUGAAGGACCAACGUGAGAGGUUGGUUGUUGAAGGGGAACAAAAGACGGUUGGAGGUGAACCUGGAUCUAGAUCAGGAUCGACCGCGGCUCCGAAGGUUUCUUCAGAAGCGAGAAGCUCUGAGGAUGCGGGGGUGCCUCUUGUCAGUGCACCUUCGUUGAAGCGUCCAAAGACCAGUCAUGAGACUACCGGCCUGGAAGGCGAAGAGCCCUCAGCGGCGUCCAAGCCAGAUGUGAUUGAUGUGGAGAUGUUUGAGGAUCCAAGUAUUCCUUAUGAAAACAUUCCAGAUGAGGAGAUGCCUCCGGGAUACUUUGAAGAUGAACAGCCUAUGGAGAUUGAUAAGGGAGUAGCUGAAGAGGCUGCGGCAAUGAACGUCGAGUCUGAAAGCUCCCCAAGCGAGCCUAGUAGGGUUCCAAGGCUGUUGCAGUCGCUUCAUCCAAGAUUGGAUGCCCCAGAAGGUUUUACCAGUGCUUUUGAGGAAGCAAGUGCGCCGAAGUUAGCCAAAGUGGUGAAUGCUGUUCUGAUUGAAAAGAACACUGUGUAUCCCGAGCAAGUACAGAUGUGUGGAUCGAAAGUUUGGUUGACCAAGAUGAAGAGUGCGUUGUCUGAGCUGGAUGGGUGUCCAUUGGACGUAUCGUCAGCUAUGGAGGGUCGACGUACUGAACUUGGUAGCAUGGAUUCACAUAAGGCGGGAAGGAUUGUGUCUGCUGAUGAGGCACAUGCGUUUGCCAAGAAGCAUGGGAUAAGGAUCAUCCCUACACGAUGGGUACUUGGACCCAAGGUUGUGAACGGGAAAGAGGCAGUGCGCGCCCGGUGUGUGGUACAAGAUGUGGCUAAGGGUAGUACGGCUUCAUCGCUAGGUCUGAGUGCGACCACGCCGUCGUUGGAAGCUUUGCGAACUCUCUUGGCCAUUGCUGCCAAAGAUUCGAUGGAUAUUGCUACCCUGGAUGUCUCGACUGCAUUCAGUGAUUAUGAAACGGGUCGCAUCACUCCGACUGGAGGAAGAAUUGUCUUCUUGGGAAGAGAGAUUGAGAGGAAUGGUGAGCAUCUACGGAUGAGAGUUCCACCGAAGUACAUGGAAAGUUUGUUUGAGACAGAUUUUUGCAAGGACCUGAAGGUGGUGAGUAGUCCUCCGGAUCUUGUGAAGAUCAUUGAGAAGGGUCGCGCUGAUCCUGAAAAGGAUAGCGUGUUGUCGGAGGCUGCUGCGAUGCGCUAUCGAGCGGUUCUUGGAAGGAUUGCUUGGUGGGGCCAGUCUCGUCCAGACUUGGCUCGUUGGAUGUCGAUUCUUUCCCAAGGUCAGUCGAAGCCUACGGCGUGUUUUGAGCAUGCUUUGAGGCAAGUGAUUCGUUUCUUGAAAGGCCAGUAUCUGUGUUGGUCUUACUUUGGUCCUGGGGGUGAGGUCCCAGACGGAGGAUCUGCCACGCUUGAUGUGUAUGCGGAUGCGAGUUGGGCACCGCAAGAAAGUGAAGGACUGGCAACGCUGAUUGGACAAUUGGCUGGGUCCAAAGUCGAGAUUAGGAUUUGCGGAAUUCGGUUCUCUCGCAGCGACUCUGGUUCAAGCGCCACGCAAGCUAGCACAUCUGUGGAAGUCGUACCUUUGUUGAAGGACGACAUGACGGAUUCAAAGGCGGAUACCCUGAAGGGAUCCGUGGAGGCACCAUACUGGUGCAAGCAAUGCAAAUGGCUGUUUAAGACAGACCAUUCCCAUGGACUGGGAUGGACGGAUGAGUACAAGCCCAGGUGUGAGAAGUGCCAGGGCGUGAUAAGUGUUUGGGGAUCCAAUGCCUCCCACGCCUUUCAUCUCCGAGAGGGAGAGAAAGAGAAGCGGUUUCCGAAAGGCGGCAAAGGGGAAGGCAAGUCCUCCCAGUGGGUGCAAGGCGAUGGUGGAAAAGGUGAUGGCACCAAUCUGGGUGAAAGCUCGAUGGCGAAAGCUACGCCAAAGCCUGAAGGGCCACCGAGUGUGGCAACUAUGUUUCCAGAGCUUAAUGGGAGUGAGGUGCCAGCAUGGUACACUGAGCUCUGGGGGAAGAUGGGCAUCCGAGGAGCCCCUCUUGACCAGGUGGAUCUCCAACCUUUGGUGGAAUCCUUGCCGGCUGAGGAUCAGGAGUGGUAUAAGAAGAGCUUUGAGAAGCUCAGCCACCCGAACUUUGCUGUGUUUGAGCAUGGGGAUCCGAUGCCGGGCAAAGUGGUGACAGUCCUGGAUAUGAGAUCGCAGUAUGGUGGCAAGUCUGUCAUCUGGGAGACAACUGUGAAUGGAGGUUGCAUCUACGUUGAAAUGGGCCCGGGGUUGAGUGGUUUGGCAGUGCUCAUGUUUGUGCAGUACCUGAAGAGGAAGGGGUUCUUGGUGCUUAUCCUUUUGAGUGGGGAUCAGGACCCAGGGAUCUUGCGGAUGAUGGAUCUGCUUUACACACUUCCCAUCCUGGGAGUGGAGAGAUGCACAAAGGGUGAUCUGGAGACCACCUCCCAUCCUCCCUGGGUGUGCCGAUGGAAAGAGCAUGCUCAGAAUGGCAACGUGGUGUUCAAGGCUGUGCUUUCCAAGGUGUGUUGGAUGUCUGAUUUGACAUGCCAGACACUCAAGGCUUUCGACUCUAAGGUGAAGGACCUCGGGAAGCCGUUGCCUCUGUGGGCCUACUUUGCGUACACCAACAAUGAUGUGGUGCAGGAAAGUUUGAUUGUGGAAUGCGAUCACAUGGCUGUGAAGGUUCCCAAUGGGGUGCUUGAGAGCAUCCGUGAGCCUAUGAUCUGGCAGUGUGACUGCGCGUGGCAUAUGGCCACGGACUACACAAGCAGGUUCACUACGAACCUCCCGUGCAUCCUGUGGGAGCACAUCUGGAAGUUUUUGGGUGGGAACACUCAGAAGCUGAUGGAUGUUGAGCUCGGUUUGGAACAGGCUGUGUUAGCAGCCGUGGCUUUGCAUGACCUCGAGGUGGAAACUGAGAACAAGAGGAAGAGGCGUGCGGAGUUGGAUGCAGCUGAGGAGGAAGCGGCUAAGAAGGCCAGAACGGAGCAACCAGCUCCAAACUCACCUGCACCUCCGGUGCUUGAUGGAGCUAUGAUCGCGCAGAUCGCUGCAAUGGUAACAGCGAGUCUGAGUGUUGGUGACUUGGAGAAGCUGCUGGAUGAGAAGAGAAGGGCAUCUGCUUCUGGCAGUGCUCAGGGAUCUGAGCAUAGCGGUGCUCAGCAGGACCAGCAGAUGGGCCAACGGGUUGCUGAGUUGGAUCAGAUGAGGGAUGCGGCACAGGAGCGCCGAUCCCAGCUGGUUGAGAAAGCCUCUGAGAAGGCUGAUGAGGCGAAGGAUGCAGCUGAUCUGAAGUGA